AGAAGGCGGAGUCUGCAUUGUGCCUAACGCGGACUAGAGGGACCGAGGCGGGGCGAGGCUGGCGAAGCGCGAGGACCCGGGGCUGAGGUGUGGGGCUGACCAUAGCGUGCCGGACGCCGGUGUGAACAUACACUAUCUGCUCCUGUAGUGCCCAGGCCCGUGCCCGGGAGUCCCCGGAGCUACUAUUAUCGAGACUCUCAUUCCUAUUGCCCUGCGGCUUUAAUCCUUCGAGUGUAGGGGAAAAAUGGAACCCUAAAGACAGGCAGCUCCUAGGCACCAGCACAGGAAAUAAGCAAUGGAGAUGGGGUCCUUUGCUCGCGCCGAAAUUCAAAGGAAUAAAUAGUUCCGGCGCGGGUGUUGAGAGCGGUCGGCAGGUGUAGCCGAUAUGGUGAAGUUCGCUUCGUAGCAGCCCCGGCUAGCGAGUUGGCCUGCUCACCGCCUUUGUGACCCGUAGGAGCUUUCGGGGUGCGUCAAGCCCCUGGCGUGAGGCAGCGAACUGGUUUGUGGCCUGUUUGAUUCCUGUCAGAGGUUUGCUGACCCAAGACAGUAUCGAAAAUGCAUAUUAAGUCAAUUAUUCUAGAGGGAUUCAAGUCCUAUGCUCAGAGGACUGAAGUCAAUGGUUUUGACCCCCUCUUUAAUGCUAUCACUGGCUUAAAUGGUAGUGGGAAAUCCAACAUAUUGGACUCCAUCUGCUUUUUGCUGGGCAUCUCCAACCUGUCUCAGGUUCGGGCUUCUAAUUUACAAGAUUUAGUUUACAAAAAUGGGCAGGCUGGUAUUACCAAAGCCUCUGUGUCAAUCACUUUUGAUAAUUCUGACAAAAAGCAAAGUCCUUUAGGAUUUGAGGUUCAUGACGAAAUCACAGUAACAAGGCAGGUGGUUAUUGGUGGUAGAAAUAAAUAUUUAAUCAAUGGAGUCAAUGCCAACAACACCAGAGUACAGGAUCUCUUCUGUUCUGUUGGCCUUAAUGUUAACAACCCUCACUUUCUCAUCAUGCAGGGCCGAAUUACAAAAGUAUUGAAUAUGAAACCUCCAGAGAUUUUAUCCAUGAUAGAAGAAGCAGCUGGAACUAGGAUGUAUGAAUACAAAAAAAUAGCUGCACAGAAAACUAUAGAAAAAAAGGAGGCUAAGCUGAAAGAAAUUAAGACGAUACUUGAAGAAGAGAUUACUCCAACCAUUCAAAAACUAAAAGAGGAAAGAUCGUCCUACUUGGAGUACCAAAAAGUAAUGAGAGAAAUAGAACAUUUGAGUCGUUUAUAUAUUGCUUAUCAGUUUUUGCUGGCUGAAGAUACCAAAGUACGCUCAGCUGAGGAAUUAAAAGAAAUGCAAGAUAAAGUUAUAAAGCUUCAGGAAGAAUUGUCUGAGAAUGAUAAAAAAAUAAAAGCACUUAAUCAUGAAAUAGAAGAAUUGGAAAAAAGAAAAGAUAAGGAAAUUGGAGGUAUACUUCGAUCUUUAGAAGAUGCUCUUGCAGAGGCUCAGCGAGUUAAUACUAAAUCUCAAAGCGCAUUUGAUCUCAAGAAGAAAAAUCUGGCAUGUGAGGAAAGCAAACGCAAAGAGCUGGAAAAAAAUAUGGUUGAGGACUCUAAAACUUUAGCAGCAAAGGAAAAAGAGGUUAAAAAGAUAACAGAUGGACUGCAUGCCCUUCAAGAAGCAAGUAAUAAAGAUGCUGAAGCUCUGGCGGCUGCACAGCAGCACUUCAAUGCUGUUUCUGCUGGCCUGUCCAGUAAUGAAGAUGGAGCAGAAGCAACUCUUGCUGGUCAAAUGAUGGCCUGUAAAAAUGAUAUAAGUAAAGCUCAGACAGAAGCCAAACAGGCUCAGAUGAAGUUGAAGCAUGCUCAACAGGAAUUAAAGAAUAAACAAGCUGAAGUUAAGAAGAUGGAUAGUGGCUACAGGAAGGAUCAAGAAGCUCUAGAAGCUGUAAAAAGACUUAAAGAAAAACUUGAAGCUGAAAUGAAAAAGCUAAAUUAUGAAGAAAAUAAAGAGGAAAGCCUUUUGGAAAAGCGCAGGCAGCUGUCUCGUGAUAUUGGUAGAUUGAAAGAAACAUAUGAAGCUCUAUUAGCCAGAUUUCCCAAUCUUCGAUUUGCAUACAAGGAUCCAGAGAAGAACUGGAAUAGAAAUUGUGUGAAAGGACUUGUGGCUUCUCUGAUUAGUGUGAAAGAUACUUCUGCGACCACAGCUUUAGAAUUAGUGGCUGGAGAACGACUCUACAAUGUUGUAGUAGACACAGAAGUUACUGGUAAAAAGCUACUAGAAAGGGGGGAACUGAAACGUCGAUACACUAUAAUUCCACUCAAUAAAAUUUCAGCCAGAUGUAUCGCACCAGAAACUCUGAGAGUUGCUCAGAAUCUUGUUGGCCCUGACAACGUUCAUGUGGCUCUUUCCCUGGUUGAAUAUAAACCAGAACUUCAGAAAGCAAUGGAGUUUGUCUUUGGAACAACAUUUGUUUGUGACAAUAUGGAUAAUGCCAAAAAAGUGGCCUUUGAUAAGAGGAUAAUGACUAGAACUGUAACUCUCGGAGGUGAUGUGUUUGAUCCUCAUGGGACAUUGAGUGGAGGUGCUCGAUCCCAGGCGGCUUCUAUUUUAACCAAGUUUCAAGAACUCAAAGAUGUUCAGGAUGAACUGAGAAUCAAAGAGAAUGAGCUGCGGGCUCUAGAGGAGGAAUUAGCAGGUCUUAAAAACACUGCUGAAAAAUACCGCCAACUAAAACAGCAGUGGGAGAUGAAAACUGAAGAGGCAGAUUUAUUACAAACCAAGCUCCAGCAAAGCUCAUAUCACAAGCAACAAGAAGAAUUAGAUGCCCUUAAAAAAACCAUUGAGGAAAGUGAGGAGACUUUGAAAAACACUGAAGAAAUCCAAAGAAAAGCAGAAGAAAAAUAUGAAGUAUUGGAAAAUAAAAUGAAAAAUGCAGAAGCUGAAAGAGAGCGAGAACUGAAAGAUGCUCAGAAAAAACUGGAUUGUGCCAAAACAAAGGCAGAUGCAUCUAGCAAGAAGAUGAAAGAAAAACAACAGGAAGUUGAAGCUAUCACUCUGGAACUGGAAGAGCUCAAGAGAGAGCAUACAUCUUACAAACAACAGCUUGAAGCUGUAAAUGAAGCUAUCAAAUCCUAUGAAAGUCAGAUUGAAGUAAUGGCAGCUGAGGUGGCUAAAAAUAAGGAGUCAGUAAAUAAAGCUCAAGAAGAGGUGACCAAGCAAAAAGAGGUGAUAACAGCCCAAGACACUGUAAUUAAAGCUAAAUAUGCAGAAGUGGCAAAACACAAGGAGCAAAACAAUGAUUCUCAGCUUAAAAUUAAGGAAUUAGACCACAACAUCAGCAAACAUAAACGGGAGGCUGAAGAUGGUGCUGCAAAGGUAUCCAAAAUGUUGAAAGAUUAUGACUGGAUUAAUGCAGAGAGACACCUCUUUGGCCAACCCAAUAGUGCCUAUGAUUUCAAAACUAACAACCCUAAAGAAGCUGGUCAGAGACUUCAGAAGUUGCAAGAAAUGAAGGAGAAACUAGGAAGAAAUGUCAAUAUGAGAGCUAUGAAUGUAUUGACAGAAGCUGAAGAGCGAUAUAAUGACUUGAUGAAGAAGAAGAGAAUUGUAGAAAAUGACAAAUCCAAAAUUCUUACAACUAUAGAAGACCUUGACCAGAAGAAAAACCAAGCCCUAAAUAUUGCAUGGCAAAAGGUGAACAAGGACUUUGGGUCUAUUUUUUCUACUCUUUUGCCUGGUGCUAAUGCUAUGCUUGCACCACCAGAGGGUCAAACUGUUUUGGAUGGUCUGGAGUUCAAGGUUGCCUUAGGAAAUACCUGGAAAGAAAACCUAACUGAACUUAGUGGUGGUCAGAGAUAAAAACAUCAGAACCAUACUACAGGUUAAAGGAAGUUCUCAGGCAAAAGGAAAAUGAUACCAGAUGGAACCUUGGAUCUACAUAAAGGAAGGAAGAGUGUUGGAAAAUAACAUGGAUUUGGAGUUCAGGGAAGUUUCUCCCGACCUUACACAGUGAUUCAGAAAAUCAGCAUAGUGAUAGAAACCUAGAAGGUCAUAUGUCCUUACGCCUUACCUACCGAUAGCCAAUUAAUUAAAACCUCCUGAAAGAAGGUUGUGAAUAUUCACAUAAUUGAAAUUAGUGAUUCAUUUAGUAAUUGGUUUUUUCUCCUGCAUGGUAUAUAAUCCAUAGGCCUUGAAUUGUUUUUCUCUGUCCACCAUCAUGUAACCCUUUUUUUAUGUACAUAGAAAAUACACUUGUUAAAUGUUCCUUAUGAGCCCUUUUAUCAUUUUUAUGAGUAGAAAUACAUUUUAUUUAUAUUUUUAUGACAUUUGUAAAUAACAAUCAAAAAUACAGCUCCUGCUGCCUGUUCAUAAAAAUUGGAUUCCACAGUUUAGUUCCCAAUAUCUUCAGCUAUAUUUGCCGAAGCCCUAGAAAAUGUUUUGAGGAAAAUAGAAAAUGUAUGCUUCUCUUCUUACUGGGACCUAUAAAUUAUUUCCGUAAUUAAGAUGCUAUAAAGUUAUUUUUAGAUAUACCACUAUCCAACAUGGCAGUUAAACCUUCAGCAUAGCAGAAUUUUUUUUUUUUUAAGAUUAAGUUUAAAACUCAAUACUUGAGGCACUCAUCACAGAGAAAGACAAAGAAACAUAAUUUUAGGUUGGCUGAAUGAGUUUAGCUCCCUUUUAUAGAGGUGAUUAACAGUCUCACUGGGAUUUGGUUUUGAUGAUACUGUUUUAUUCUUUUUUUUGGCUAGCAAUUUUCUCUACUUGUGCACACAUUUUUUCCCUACUUAUAUAUUUCUUAAUAAAUAGUCCUAUUAGAAUGCAGCAAGCCUUGGGCUGGGUAUGCUGGGUAUGGUGGCUCAUGCCUGUAAUCCCAGCACUUCAGGAGGCCAAGGCGGGUGGAUCACUUGAGGUCACAAGUUCAAGAUCAGCCUGGCCAACAUGGUGAAAUCCUGUCUCUACUAAAACUACAAACAUUAGCUGGGUGUGGUGGCAUGCACCUGUAAUCUCAGCUAUUAGCGAGGCUGUGGCAGUAGAAUUGCUUGAACCUGGGAGGCAGAGGUUGCAGUGAACCGAGAUCAUGCUACUGCACUUCAUCCUGGGUGACAGAGCAAGACUCUCAAAAAACAAAAAAGAAUGCAGCAAGCAUUGAGUUGCCUAUUCUAGUACUGUAUGCCAGGAUGUACUUGAAGUUACAGAAUAAGUAUAUUACAGAUGCUACUCUAAUUUUUAGUCUAAUGUUAAGUAAUUAUAAAUAUAUUAAAAUAAGGCUUUUUGUGAAUUAUAUAUUUGUAAGGAAAAAAUAUAAUAAUUAUUAUGAUUCUUGAUACCAGAUUAGAAUGAGCUGCAGUAAGCUAGAAGAGAACUGAACUGAGAUUGGGUUUAACUAUGAAUUUUACAUAAGAUUGUUUGAACUUUUGACAGUGAUGUACUCAGAGUAAUGGGCCAUAGUCUAUACAACUUAUUCACAAAUGGUACCAAAAAAAUAUAGAGAGAGAGAUUGUGUCUGUCUGUGUGUAUAUGCAUGUUUAUGUAAAUGUGUACAUUAUGAAAGUUUGAAAAAUGACAUCUAACCCAGUUACUGUUACCAAGAUGAUAGUUACUGUCUUAAAUAAUGACCAUAGCUCUUAAUCACCUGCUACCUAGGCUCUAAUGAGCCAACUGGGGAAGGGAAAAAAAAGAACUUUUAAAACUAACAUGAUCUUAAGAAUAGGUGCCAAACGUAAUAUGGCAAUAUUAAAAUUGUCUAUGAAAAUAGCAUGCUUCUGAAAAGAGGACAAAUGGAAAGCUAAAAUAAAAGAAAUAUUUUAAUACAACAAAAGUGUUAAAGUUUGAAACUCAAGAUUCUUUUUUUUAUAUGACUACCUUUCAGAUAAAUCUGCUCUAUUCAAAAUAAUAGGAU